AUGUGUAAAGCAAAGAAAAAGUACACUGACCAACACUUUCCUCUUUUUCUCCUAUCUCUCUCUCUCUUUCUCUCUUUCUCUCUCUCUCUCUCUCUCUCUCUCUCUCUCUCUCUCUCUCGUUCAAUUAGUCAAUCCCACAGUGGUCUCUACAGAAACAGGCGACCUCGAUGCGGAAUGAGAACUUACAACCCAACAACGCACCUUUGCUGCGCAAGGCAUGUUGUAUCUAAAUUCGGAAUUUCUCCCAGCUGUUGUGCAAAACGUGCAUACGAUAACAAAUUUCAGAUAUGCUGUAGCCGAAGAAUCUUUGACAGACACGGCAUUCAACCAGCAUGUUUUUCUGUCGUCUUCCCAAGGUUCCACCUUAAUGUUCUCUCCUUCUCCUACAACUCUCUCUCUCUCUGUCUGUCUGUCUGUCUGUCUGUCUGUCUCUCUCUCUCUCUCUCUCUCUCUCUCUCUCUCUCUCUCUCUCUCUCUCUCUUUAUAACAUACUCCCUUUCUUCGAAAAUUUAUCAAUUUUGCUGCCUUUGCACUCUGUCUACUGCCAAGCAACUUCUAGUUUUGUUCCUCACCUCUUCCCUCCAAAGUAUACAUAGAUAUCUUCUUAAAAACCCACAUCUAAAUUUCAAAAUCUCCUUACCCCAAAUCACAAGUGAAGGAUGUCUAUGCGUGGAAGAAUUUGCUUGGAAUUUGCGGAGCCCUCUUCUUGCUCGUCAUGCUGGAGACGGCAGCGGACGACUCUUUAUAGCCGAACAAAGAGGAGUUAUUUAUAUAUAUUACAAAAACAAAACUCGAGAAAGAAGAGCAUUCUUAGAUAUUAAAGACAGGGUAUUAUACACCAGGUUUAUUGCUGAUGAGCGAGGCUUCCUCGGCUUGACGUUCCACCCACAGUUUGCACUGAACCAAAGAUUCUAUGUUUAUUACUCGGCCCGGUUACCUAAUCGCAGGAGAGAAUGCAUUCGAAUCAGCGAAUUUCGGGUCUUUCGGAAGAAUAAAAAUAGGGCCAACAAAAAUACGGAACGUGUUAUACUAGAAGUGGAGCAACCGUAUGCUAAUCAUAACGGCGGCGAGAUUCUUUUUGGUGAUGAUGGUUACCUCUAUAUCUUUGUGGGAGAUGGUGGGAGUGGAGGAGACCCUCAUGGAUACAGUCAAAAUAAGUCAGUUCUUCUUGGUAAAGUUCUCAGGAUUGAUGUGGACCAUUUUAGUCGCAACAGAAGUUAUUCCAUCCCACCAGACAACCCAUUUGUAAAUGAAUCCGACAGUCGUCCUGAAAUCUUUGCCUUUGGUAUUCGAAAUAUUUGGCGAUGUGACAAGGAUGAAGGAGACAGAAUAACAGGGGAAAACAAAGGUCGUAUCAUUUGUGGAGAUGCCUGUGGAAAAGUAGUCCCUGAGGAGUUGCCUGUCUUUUCUUAUCCACAUACAAUUGGCAAAUCUGUAACUGGAGGUCAUGUUUACCGAGGAUGUGAAAGUCCCAACCUGAAUGGAUUUUACCUCUAUGGAGAUUUUACAAAUGGCCGACUGUUUCGCUUGUUUGAAAACAAGACAACACAAAUGUGGAUGAAUAAAGAGCUCUUCAUGUGUGGAAGUGAUGUCUGCUUAAGCGGACUACAAGGAUAUUAUGAACCAUUUAUCCUUUCAUUUGGAGAAGAUGAAGAUGGAGAAAUCUACAUGCUUACAACUGGAAUGCCUAGUGCUUCUGUAAGGGCUGGAAAAGUAUACAAAAUUGUUGAUCCUUUGCGGCGUGGUGAUCCUGAUUUGUGUAAACCAAGAGUUUUCUUUAACAGUACACAAAGCAGACUUUCUGCCAUCUUGAACACAACUGGGUAA